AUGGCGCUGCUCUUCGCCGCCGUGCGCGUGGUGCUGGGGCUCUUCUUCCUCUUCGUGGGGGCCGCGAAGCUGACGGAGCAGAUCUCGGCCGAGCUCUACCUGCGCAUGAAGUCCCAGUUCGUGCAGUUCGCCGACGUCUUUCCCCUGAAGGAAUUUGGCUACAAACCGGAGCCGGUCCGGUACCUGGAGGUGGUCGGCUGGAUUGAAGUGGUGGCCGGGCUGUCGCUGGCAUUCGGGCCCCAGCUCCUGCAAGAGAUCAGCAACUUUGUGCUCACCAUCAUCAUGAUCGGUUCCAUCUACACCCUCCUGGUGCUGAAGGAGUCUAUUGCCAUGUGUGCCCCGGCCACAGUCUGCCUUGGCCUCCUGCUGCUGCUCAACAUACGAGGGAGGGAGGGAAGGGCCAAGCCGAAAUUUGAGUAACUAGAAGAGCAGAGUGGGGGUUUGAUUGGUAGGAGGUGAUAUGAUUCCCCAAAGAAGGAUGGUGAGGACCUCACUUCCUGCCAGUUCACUUGCAGCUGACAUCUCUUUUGUUUCUGGCAGGCCCCGCUGGUGGACCUGGUGCUGAAUAACCUAUGGGGUUGCUUCUCCUUUGGGUGGACCUGCUGCCUUUCUGUACAAGGGGGGCUGGGAGCAGUUGCCCUGCUGGUAGCUUUGCAUUGAGGGCAGUGGCUGGAUGGUUUCUCUGUCUUGAUCCCUGCACCCCCAUCUCUCCUCUUGGGGUGCAGCAUAACUGGAGCUGGGCUGUGGCCCACACCCUGUGUGAUGCAGUGAGAGUUGGCAGAAAGCCCUGGCAGUUGUCCUGAAUGGGAAACAACGAUGUGAGCCCCUUUUCAUGAGCCCCUCAAGAGGGGGACUUGGCUCAAGGCCCAGGAAACCCUCAGUCCCUCUGCUGAGGCUGCCAGAUUGUGCUGGGGGGGUCCUCUAGGAACUGGGCUGAGAUCCAGCGCUAGGCACAGGGAGCCAUCAACCCCCGGCUGGGUUUGAACUGCUGGCCUGGGGGUUCUGGACAGGUCCCUCCCAGCUCUGACUCCGGUGGGCUUUGCACUGGCUCUGGGACGGAUGUGGUGCGACCGAUGGGCCUCUUGCUGGGACCUCCCUUCUCAGCCCUUCGUUCUCCCCGAACCAGCCACAGGGGUCCCAGUGCAGCCCCAUGCUCUGCUCCCAGCCCAGUCCCCCUUGGCUUCCCCUCCUUGUAAGCCAGCCCUCCAAAGCCCCCCCAGUGCCAGCCUGUUGCACUUUCCUUCCCUCUGAACUUCCCGCGGCCCUGCCUGUCUCCGCUAGGCCAGCGGGAGCCCAUCUGCGUCCCAGAAGCAGCCAGGCUUGGAGACCAGCAUGAAGACCCCCAAGGUCCAGGCUUGACAUGCCACCAGCUUGGCACCUUCUUGGGGGGCUCUGUAUGGGGUGUGGCGUGCCCCUGCUCUAUGCCUGACAAUCCCACGUGGCCAGCUUGUGGGGUGGCAGCGUUACGGGGUCUGCGCUGUGCAUGUCCUGCAGCCUCUGACUCUUUUAAAUAAAGCCUCUGUUUCUAACCUG